CAAACAUUGCAGUGUUGACGUCCAGCGUCAGGAAUGGUGUCUAUCAUUUUUCAACAGAUUAUUCUCUCGAAAUGAGGGCAUCACUUCGCCAGACUGCUUAUGGGACAGUCGUUCCUCUACUUCUACUUCUGGGGGUUGUACCUGCCAGUUUUGAGACGUCAAACUUGAGCUUAAAGGUCAAUCCCUACAUUUCAGCUGAGAAGGUUCUUUGGAGGGAGGGAGAUGCGAGCGUCAAAUCCUACCGUAUCCCUCUACUUAGCUACACCCCAAAGGGACACCUCUUGGCCGUAGCUGAGGCCAGGAAAUAUUCAACUUCUGAUGCUGGUCCAAAGUUUCUGGUCGUACGUCGAUCGUUGGACAAGUUUGGGGACCAGUGGGCACCGCAACAGGUCGUCGUUGACGAUGGCUACCUCAUCUUCGAUGGCAUCAACCUCGGCGCUGUCAUUGUCGACGAUGAAAAAGGCGCCAUCUUCAUCAUGUACUCAAUCUGUAACCAUCAUGAUCAGUGCAACGUUACAUCGACGAUGUUGGUAAAGAGCUAUGAUGAUGGAGUGUCGUGGACCAAGGGGGAAAAACUACUGGGUCCAGGCACAUGGAUGUUCUCACCAGGUCCAGGCUUUGGCAUUCAGAAAAAAUACGCUCCCAAUAAAGGCAGGCUUAUCGUUUGCGGACAUGGCAGUCUAGACAAGGACGGCUUGUACUGUCUGCUGAGUGACGAUCACGGAGCGACGUGGCGAUGGGGUGGAUCUGUGAUCGGGCUACCAUUCGGUCUUGUGAAACAGAGCGGAGACUUCUUACCAGAUGAGUGCCAGCUAGUCGAACUGAUGGAUGGCUCUAUCCUAGUCAACAUACGUAACCAGAACAGCUACCACUGUCACUGCCGUAUGGUGACUCGAAGUUACGACGGAGCGGAAACCUUCCCGAUGGAGAACCUGUACCUGGACGAGACGCUGAUUGAACCAGCAUGCGCCGCUGGAAUGGUCUACCAUAAAAAUGUACUCUUCUUCAGCAACCCAAAAAGUACUACAGAGAGAGUCGAUCUGAACCUGAGAUGGAGUUAUGAUAACGGAACGACCUGGGCCGAUGAGUAUCAGAUCUGGAAUAAGGCGAGUGGGUACAGUACUAUGACGGCACACCCGGGCUCAAUGCCGUACAUCUUCAUUCUCUUUGAAAAAGGCAUACUGUCAUACUUUGAGUCCUUAACGUUUUUAAGAGUGAGUUUAUUUGAAGAUGUUUAAAGACAGUGUACACUAU